ACUUCUUGCUGUUGCUGCUGUAUCGUCCCUUCGCUGCCAUGUCCGAGACGGCACCCGCCGCUCCCGCCGCCCCGGCCCCUGCAGAGAAGACCCCGGCCAAGAAGAAGGGCAAGAGGGCCUCGGCCGCCGGGGGAGCGCGGCGCAAGGCCGCGGGUCCGCCGGUGUCGGAGCUGAUCACGAAAGCCGUGAGCGCCUCCAAGGAGCGGAAUGGCGUGUCCCUGGCAGCCCUGAAGAAGGCGCUGGCGGCCGCGGGCUACGACGUGGACAAGAACAACAGCCGCAUCAAGCUGGGGCUCAAAAGCCUGGUGAGCAAGGGCACCCUGGUGCAGACUAAGGGCACCGGAGCCUCGGGCUCCUUCAAGCUGAACAAGAAGGCCCCGACGGCCGACACCAAGGCUAAGGCCAAGAAGCCGGCGUCGGCCAAGACCAAGAAGGCCGCGGGCGCUUCCAAGAAGCCCAAGAAGGCGACGGGGGCCGCGGGCGCCAAGAAGAGCGGGAAGAAGAGCCCGAAGAAAGCCAAGAAGCCGGCGGCCGCCAAGAAAGCGGCCAAGAGCCCGAAGAAGGCCAAGGCAGCCAAGCCCAAGAAGGUGGCCAAGAGCCCGGCUAAGCCCAAGGCGGCCAAGGCCAAGAAGGUGACCAAGCCCAAGGCGGCUAAGCCCAAAGCCGCCAAAAGCAAGAAGGCAGCGGCCAAGAAGUAGAGCUCGAGCCCUCGAAACUUGACACACCCAAAGGCUCUUUUCAGAGCCACCCACUCACCUCAGAAAAAGAGCUGAGCCUACGAACACACAAGUCCCCUAUAGAAAUUAGUAGUGUUUCUAAAAUCGCCAUGUCCGUUGAUGUAAGGCGGAAUACCCAAAUCAGGAAAAACCCGAACACUAACACCCCCCCCCCUUCCCCUUUCUUCAAAACUAAAUAAUUAAUAUAUAAAACAAAUGGGGAAAGGAU